AAGAAUAACAACACAAUUAGACAAAAGAAGUUAACAAAAGAGGAGAAUAGACAAAAAGAAUCUCAAGCACAUUUCUCUAUUGACACUCGUCAUACAGAACAGUGCACUCAUCUUGACGAUGCGAUAUACUCGAGCGAGUGUACCUGAAGAUGAGCUUUAUUUGGCUUCGACUGCUGUCUUGAUGAGUGAAGUGAUAAAGACGAGUGUCUGUUUUGGUGUUGUCUAUAGUUUAUUACCUUUUCGUAUUCGCUCUUUAUCGAACUUAGCUCUAUUUUUAUAUCAAGAGCUUAUUAUUCACUGGCGAGAGUCCAUUAAACUCGCUAUACCAGCUAUUCUUUAUCUUGUUCAAAACAACCUUCAAUAUAUAGCAGCCACAAACCUAGAUGCAGCUACAUUCCAAGUGACUUAUCAACUUAAGAUAUUGACAACAGCUUUCUUUAGUGUCGUCAUAUUGCAUCGUAAACUAUCCAGCACAAAAUGGACAGCAUUGGCUAUUUUAACUGUAGGUAUUAUAUUUGUCGUGAUACCCAAGAAUGCAUUGAAUACAUGGCUUGGUUAUGAGACAGUGGAAACAGAGAGUAUUGGUAAUCAAUCCAAUCUGAAGGGAAUUGUGUCUGUUCUGGUAGCCUGUAUCCUAUCAGGUCUUGCAGGUGUCUAUUUUGAAAAGAUUGUCAAACAAAAAGAACAAGACUUGGAAGGACAUUACACAAAACCAGAGCGUGUAUUGACUAUUCCAUUUGACGAUCGAAUGCAACUAUGGAUUCGUAAUAUUCAACUAUCUUUGUUUUCUGUCCUAUUGGGUGGUGUCUUUAUGGUUGGAUUGCAAGAUGGUCAUCAAAUCAUACAGCAGGGCUUCUUUCAGCAUUAUUCUACGCUGACAUGGAUUGUCAUUUUGAUUCAAGCAGGUGGUGGGUUAAUUGUUGGCCUUGUUGUUCGUUAUGCAGACAAUAUCCUGAAAGGAUUUGCUACAAGUAUUAGUAUCAUUUUGUCUAGUAUUGUCAGUGUCUGGCUAUUCCAGGCUCAAGUCGAUCUUGUGUUUGGCAUGGGUGCAUUGCUUGUGAUUUAUGCAACCUAUCUUUACAGUAAAUCAUCAUAGAAA